AAUCCUCUAUAUAAUCCAUCUUAGAGUUCUUCUGGACUAAACUAAAGAGAAGAAAAAAAAAACUCACAAAGCCUAAAAAUGGAACCUAUCAAGAAACAAGGAAAACAUUUUGUUUUGGUACAUGGUGCAUGCCAUGGAGGUUGGUGUUGGUACAAGCUAAAAUCCCUAUUAGAGGCUGCAGGGCACAAGGUCACAACCUUUGACUUGGCAGCCUCUGGCAUUGAUUUGAGAAAAAUAGAGGAACUCCACACACUUCGUGAUUACACUUUGCCAUUGAUGGUAUUGAUGGAAUCUCUUCCACAAGAGGAGAAAGUCAUACUGCUAGGACAUAGUCUUGGUGGUAUGAAUUUAGGAUUUGCUAUGGAAAAAUACCCACAAAAGAUCUAUGUUGCUGUUUUCUUGGCUGCUUUCAUGCCUGAUUCCCUUCACAUGUCCUCAUAUGUUUUGGAUCACUACUAUGAACGGACGCCAAAGGAGAAUUGGUUAGAUACCCAAUUUUUACCAUAUGGUUCACGUGAAGAGCCAUUGACAUUCAUGACUUUUGGGCCCAAAUAUUUGGCUAACAAGCUCUACCAAUUAUGCUCUCCUGAGGAUCUUGCAUUAGCAUUAUCAUUAGUGAGACCAAGCUCUCUGUUUCGGGAAGAUUUGUCGAAGGCGAAGUAUUUCACAGAUGAAGGAUAUGGAUCAGUGAAGAGAGUUUAUAUAGAGUGCACAGAGGACAAAGGCAUACCAGAAGAAUUUCGACGAUGGCAAAUCGACAACAUUGGUGUCACUGAAGUAAAGGAGAUUCAAGGUGCUGAUCAUAUGUCAAUGUUAAGUAUGCCCAAACAACUUUGUGCCACUCUCUUGGAGAUUGCCCAUAAAUACAAUUGAUCUUUACAUUUAUUGUGUACGUCCUCGUCUAGAUGCCAACAUCUUCAACUCAUCAUUUGAAUAAUUAGUUGUUGUUGUUUUUUGUUAAGAAGUAUGUAUGCUGUAACCAUGGAUUUGAUCCAUGGAAGAAAACUUGACGAAGAAGAAGAAAGGAAUUUGGGGAAAUCAAAACUAAUUCAUUUCCAUCAGAUUUACAUGCAUUUAUACAGGAGAAAAGGAAGGGAAAAAUAUCUAACUAAGUCACA